AUGUGGGGUUGGUUUGGUGGCGCCGCGGCCCAAAAACGCAAGGACACGCCCAAGAAUGCGAUCCUCGGGCUGCGAGCGCAGCUUGACAUGUUGCAGAAGCGCGAGAGACAUCUCCAGACUCAGAUCGACGAGCAGGAUGCUACGGCACGCAAGAAUGUGAGCACCAACAAGAACGCGGCCAAAGCGGCCUUGAGGCGCAAGAAGACACACGAGCACGCGCUCGAGCAAACUGUUGCACAGAUCGGUACACUAGAGCAGCAGAUCAACUCGAUCGAGUCCGCCAAUAUCAACAAGGAGACUCUGGCAGCCAUGAGCAACGCCAACGCGGCCAUGAAGCAGAUAUACGGAGGUCUCACGGUGGACAAGAUUGAUGCGACGAUGGAUGAACUGCGUGAGCACAAUGCAAUGAGCGACGAGAUUGUCAACGCAAUCACCUCGAACUCAUUAGGCGAGCCGAUCGACGAGGAUGAGCUGGAGAACGAACUGGAUGAGCUACAACAGGAGCAGCUCGACGAACAGAUGCUCAAGACGGGCACCGUCCCCGUGUCAGAUGCUGUGCAUAAGCUACCCACGCCGGCCAGGGAAGAGCCCGUGUCAAGCAAGAAGCAGGCAGUCGAAGAGGAUGACGAGGAAGCCGAACUUCGGAAGUUGCAGGCUGAAAUGGCCAUGUGA